AUGGAAGAAUUUUUGAACGCACUGUUAAGUCGGGACGUUGAUGCAGCAAACAUUGACGCUUCAAAAGAAAUUUUGUAUCGUAACAGGCGUGCCAAAAAGAAGAGCUAUCCAAGAAACUGUUACUUUAGUCCAAUUCAAUGCCUGUUUACGCGAGACUAA